AAGGCUACCAGAAUUAUGCUAGAAGAAAGUGAAGAAGAAAGUAAACCAGAAAACAAAUCUGAGAAUGUAAUCUUUGAAGUUGAUGAUGUUAAUAUACUAACAGAAAAUCUUUUAGUUAAGACAAAUUCUGAAGUUCAAGAAUUAAUAAUAAAUUACGAGUUUGACGAAGAAGAUAAUGUUGAAGCCAAAGAUAACAAUGAUAAAGAACCUUCUUCUCUCUUCCUAUAA